GCCAAGCGAAACAAUGGCCGCCGACAACCAAAAGAAAAAGGCCAUCAGGUCAGAAAAUAUUUAGCAAAGUCAUGUAUUAUUUGGAUUAAGUGUGCACGUGUCUUCCUGGGUCACGUGACCGCUGCUGUAUCCUAGCAACGCGUCAACAUAUUGUUGGCCGCACUAUUCAUGUUUGCUCUUAUAACUAUUGUUGUUUUGUAAUUGUUUGUAGUUGUCGUUGUAAGAAAAUGAGCUCGGAGGUGUUAGUGUCGAAGCCGCAGUAUGACAGUCGAGCGGCGACUCCGGGGCUCCUGGAGGACGAAGGGGCCCCGUUAGAGCUGGAGGCCGCGCCGCCGCUAGUUAUCCCGGGCUUCCGCUCCGCUAAGUACACCCCAGCCGACUGGUUCUCCAGCUACCGCAGCCUCCUCCAGCAGGCCGGCGCCGACCAGCACUCGGCCCGCAGCAUCCAGGAAGAGUCCCGCGUCCUCUGCCAGAAGACGGAGAACACGACCGUGAAGACGCAGACCAGCGGCAGCCGCCUGCUGGGGGAGAGGCUCCAGGACAUCCACCGCUGGAAGUCCGAGCUGCAGGAGCACAUCGGCCGCCUGGUGGCCGACAUCGAGGCCCUGCAGGCGCUGAAGCUGCGGCUGGAGAAGGCGCUGGACGCCACCGAGACGCCGUAUGCCAUCGCGGCCGAUAACCUCACCUGCAGGAGCCGCAGACUCGGGCCUGACCUGGUCCGGGACUGCGUGGAGGAGGAACUCAUCAAGGAAGUGGAAUUGAUCAAGAGUAUCCAGGCUCUCCUGAGGAGAACCAUAGACCAGGUUUCCACUCAGAUCAAUUUGGACAGAGAGACCAAGAAGACGCUGGAGUUUGAUUGGUCAGAUAAAUAUGAGGCCUACGCCCUGGACACCCAGUGUGGACGGUUCUCCAACAAAAGCACGGACACGCAGCAUCACGUCGUCUCCGCCUCCUUGCUGCAUCAGGUGUGUAACGUCCCCUCCUGGAUCAAGUUCACACACACCAACAUCAAUAAGGCCCGCAGGGAGGAAAAAUCCUCACACGACCUAAAAGAGCUCUCGGAGCAGGUGCUCCUGGACACCACUAAGGACCUGAGGGUCCAGUGCUUCAAUGUGGACCAAGCCUUCCUGCAACGCUGUGCGGAGCAGAUGGAGGCCAAGAUCCAGCUGGAAAUGCACCUGAAGCAGACUUUGGAGCAGAUUGGAGCCCAGGAGAGGAACAUCGAGGCUCUUCAGAAGGCCAUCCUGGACAAAGACGCCCCUCAGAGAGUGACUGAGUCCAGGCUGUACCGUCGCUCUCUCAGACCCAACAUGGAGCUCUGCAGGGAUGAGCCCCAGAUGAGCUUGGAAAAGGAGGCGAGGCAGAUCAGCGCCACUCUGGCGUCGCUGCAGCAGGAGCUGAGCGACGCCCGCAGGUCGCUGUCCCACCUGGAGGAGACCCGCAUGGCGCUGGAGAAGGACAUCAUGUGCAAAGCCAACACGCUGUUCAUCGAAAGAGAAAAAUGCAUGACUCAGCGUAAACUGUACCCGACCAUCUCCACCCUGUCUGGGUACUGAAGAACUUUUCAAGGUUAGGUUUGAAAAAAAGGGUGUGGUGUAGUUGCAGUGUUAAUUUACCCAUGAGCACAUACUGUACACAAAGUCUCUUUUACAUACAUGUUGGUGAGGAUCUGGAUAAAGGGACCAAUGCAGUAACUCAGCAAAUUAGUUUGAGACACAACAGCAUCAAACCAGGAAGUAACUUAACACUAAGCAAUAGUCACUACGGCCUGUACUUUUGUAUAGUACUGUACUUUGUGCACCCAACAUUUGUUGUAUUUUGGCCACCUUGCAUAAUGAAUGUCCUCUUGGAAUAUGCAAGGCAACUUCAAAAAUUCAACUCAGUGGCCUAGUGGUUAGAGUGUAUGCCCUGAGAUCGGUAGGUCAAACCCCGGCCGAGUCAUACCAAAGACUAUAAAAAUGGGACCCAUUACCUCCCUGCUUGGCACUCAGCAUCAAGGAUUGGAAUUGAGCGUUCAAUCACCAAAAAUGAUUCCCGGGCGCGGUCACCGCUGCUGCCCACUGCUCCCCUCACCUCCCAGGGGGUGAUCAAGGGUGAUGGGUGAAAUGCAGAGGACAAAUUUCGCCACACCUAGUGUGUGUGUGACAAUCAUUGGUACUUUACUUUUUAACUUUAAAAAUGUUUUGUGUGUAUAAUCUGUGAUCUGGAUCAUUUAUUUGUAUUUUAGGAAGAUAAUUGUAUAACUUAACACAAUAUUAGCAGCAAGUUCAUGUGAUAUGUAUUUGAACUACUCACUGCAUCAGUUAAUAUUAAUCAAUACUUCUCUUCAGUAAGUUUACUAUGAAAUAAAUAACUUCCAAGUGUGUUUUUUGGCCUCCAGUACCACUUAUGUGUUCUACUUGCUGUGUCAAUAUCACUAAAUUAUACGAAUGUGUUG